AUGACAAGCGAGAGACUGGUGACCAUGCCGGGUUCUGUGUCUCUCUCGGACCGACAACCUCCUUCAGGACACGGGCAGCACGCGGCUGGUGUCUCCGCUGCCGCCGGUGAGACAAUGAUGAUGAUGUCCGGCUCAGGUUCUGUGGUGCUCCCAGCUGGGAUUAUCAAUCCUUCGCUUCCAAUCCGGAAUAUCAAAAUGAAAUUUGCUGUUCUCGUCGGGUUGAUCCAAGUUGGAGAGGUUAGCAACCGGGAUAUUGUCGAGACUGUGCUGAAUUUGUUGGUGGGUGGUGAGUUUGAUCUGGAGACCAACUUCAUCAUCCAGGAUGCAGAAAGCAUCGGCUGCAUGGUGGAGCUGCUGGAGCACUGUGAUGUCACCUGCCAGGCUGAAAUCUGGAGCAUGUUCACCGCCAUUCUUCGAAAAAGUGUUCGAAACCUGCAGACGAGCACGGAGGUGGGCCUCAUCCAGCAGGUGCUGCUCAAAAUGAGCUCAGUGGAGGACAUGAUUGCAGACUUACUGGUGGACAUGUUGGGCGUGCUGGCCAGCUACAGCAUCACAGUAAAGGAGCUGAAGAUGCUCUUCAGCAUGCUGCGAGGGGAAGGAGGCCUGUGGCCGAGGCACGCGGUCAAAAUGUUGUCGGUGCUGAAUCAGAUGCCCCAGAGACACGGGCCCGAUGCCUUCUUCAACUUUCCUGGACGCAGUGCAGCAGCCAUUGCUUUACCUCCUAUUGCCAAGUGGCCUUAUCAGAAUGGGUUUACAUUCAAUACCUGGUUCAGAAUGGAUCCUUUAAACAACAUCAAUGUUGACAAAGACAAACCAUAUCUCUAUUGCUUUCGCACCAGCAAAGGCAUCGGCUACUCUGCACAUUUCGUGGGUAACUGUUUGAUUGUGACAUCACUCAAGUCUAAAGGAAAAGGUUUCCAGCACUGUGUGAAGUACGACUUCCAACCAAGGAAGUGGUACAUGAUCAGCAUAGUUCACAUCUACAGCCGCUGGAGGAACAGUGAAAUCAGAUGUUACGUUAACGGACAGCUUGUGUCAUACGGAGACAUGGCAUGGCACGUCAACACAAAUGAUAGUUAUGAUAAAUGCUUCCUGGGCUCCUCAGAGACAGCAGAUGCAAACCGAGUAUUCUGUGGGCAGCUAGGUGGUGUCUACGUGUUCAGCGAAGCCCUAAAUCCCGCACAGAUAUUUGCAAUUCAUCAGCUAGGACCAGGCUAUAAGAGCACAUUUAAGUUCAAGUCAGAGAGCGAUAUCCAUUUAGCAGAGCAUCACAAGCAGGUGUUGUAUGAUGGCAAGUUGGCCAGCGCCAUCGCCUUCACCUAUAAUGCCAAGGCCACGGACGCCCAGCUCUGUCUCGAGUCCUCUCCCAAAGAAAAUGCCUCCAUCUUUGUGCACUCACCUCACGCCCUUAUGCUCCAGGAUGUAAAAGCUACUGUGACUCACUCCAUCCACAGUGCCAUACACUCUAUCGGGGGGAUCCAGGUGCUCUUCCCGCUCUUUGCUCAGCUGGAUUACCAUCAGCUGAACGACAGCCAGGUGGAACCUACAGUCUGUGCCACCCUUCUGGCCUUUCUGGUUGAGCUGCUCAAGAGUUCUGUGGCCAUGCAGGAGCAGAUGCUUGGAGGGAAGGGUUUUCUGGUGAUUGGAUAUCUGCUUGAGAAGUCAUCCCGUGCACACAUCACCAGGGCAGUACUGGAACAGUUCCUUUCCUUUGCAAAGUAUCUGGAUGGUCUGCCACAUGGGGCUCCACUGCUGAAGCAGCUGUGUGACCACAUCCUCUUCAAUGCUGCCAUCUGGAUCCACACCCCUGCUAAGGUACAGCUCUCUCUUUACACGUACCUUUCUGCUGAGUUCAUCGGCACAGCAACCAUCUACAACACCAUUCGUCGAGUGGGCACAGUGCUUCAGCUCAUGCACACACUGAAGUACUACUACUGGGCCGUCAACCCUGCAGAUAUCAGUGGCAUCAUGCCAAAGGGUCUAGAUGGUCCAAGGCCGACCCAGAAAGAAAUAAUUUCUCUGCGGGCGUUUAUGCUUCUCUUCCUCAAGCAACUCAUCCUGAAGGACCGAGGUGUGAAGGAGGAUGAGCUGCAGAGCAUUCUGAACUAUUUGUUAACAAUGCAUGAGGAUGAGAAUCUGCAUGAUGUGCUGCAGCUGGUGGUAGCGCUCAUGUCGGAGCAUCCAGCCUCCAUGAUCCCUGCUUUUGACCAGAGAAAUGGAAUACGGGUAAUCUACAAGCUGAUGGCUUCUAAGAGUGAAAGCAUUCGAGUACAAUCCCUCAAAGUCCUCGGGUACUUCCUCAAGCAUUUGGGCCACAAGAGGAAGGUGGAGAUCAUGCACACACACAGCCUCUUCACUCUCCUGGGAGAGCGUCUCAUGCUGCACACCAACACUGUGACAGUGACGACCUACAACACUCUGUACGAGAUUCUGACUGAGCAGGUGUGCACACAAGUAGUUCAUAAACCUCAUCCUGAGCCCGACUCCACUGUCAAGAUUCAGAAUCCAAUGAUUCUCAAAGUGGUAGCCACUCUACUGAAGAAUGCCACCCCCAGCACAGAGCUGAUGGAGGUUCGCCGGCUCUUCCUCUCCGAUAUGAUCAAACUGUUCAGCAGCAGUCGAGAGAACAGACGGUGCUUGCUUCAGUGCUCUGUCUGGCAGGACUGGAUGUUUUCUCUGGGCUACAUCAACCCCAAAAACUCAGAUGAGCAGAAGAUCUCUGAGAUGGUAUACAACAUUUUCCGCAUUCUGCUCUAUCAUGCCAUCAAGUAUGAGUGGGGAGGAUGGCGUGUGUGGGUGGACACACUCUCUAUAGCUCAUUCAAAGGUGACAUAUGAGGCACACAAGGAGUACUUGGCUAAGAUGUAUGAAGAAUAUCAGCGUCAGGAGGAGGAGAAUAUUAAGAAAGGAAAGAAAGGUUUGGUUAGCACCAUCUCUGGCCUGUCUGCUCAGUCCUCGGGCAUCAAGGGAUCUGUUGAAAUCAGAGAGAUGGAUGAUAACUCCCAGACACCGGAGAGUGAAAAAGACUAUGAGAGUGCAGACCCACGAAACCUGCUGGCUGAAGUGAAGGGGUCCGAGGAGGGUCUCAGUGGGAGAGACAGCACGAUAGACGGCGUCAGGGUGGAUGUUCAUGACCUUCUGGUGGAUAUCAAGGCUGAGAAGGUUGAAGCAGAAGAGGUUAAGAUAGAUGAUUUGGAUCUGUCCUCUGAAACUCUGGGAUUAUCUCAGAAUGGGGCGCUGGUGGAGGUGGAUUCUCUGUUGGAAAAUGUUUAUUGUGCUGCUGUGAAAAACCUCAACAGUAACGUCAACAGUGUUUUGCUUUCAAAGGGCGCCAUGGAUGACCAAAAUGCACCACCUCUUAUCACACUGGAUGAUGACAAGGACAGCAUCUCCAACAGCAACAGCUUUCUGUUCAGUAAGAUGGCAGACAGCCUGGAGGACAAACUGCUUCCUGAUCUCAGUCCAGCUGAGCCUCUGGUCCUGCCCAGCCCACUGCCUGCAGUUCACACCAAAACCAGUGAUGACUUGGGCCUGCUUGCUCAUAUGGCAGGCAGCUCAGAGCUUGGGUCAUUACCCAGCAUCCUAGAGACAGAUGAGUUUGAACUGCAGGCAGCUUUGGAGGGUAUCAGCUCUGUGGCUGGUACUGAGACAGAGGCCUCCUCUAAAAGCCUGGAGGUCACAGCUGCAGCAGCAUCUGAAGGAGACUCUGUAACUUUGAGGACUGGGAGUGCAGCUGAUGCAACAGGAAACAACUCUGACACGGAGAGAUCAGAUGAUAGCAAAGACAAGGAAAUGAGGAGGAUUCAGACGACAGCCACCACACAGAGCCAACAUGGCCGCCCAACUACACAGACAGAGAGGGACAUACAUGUGGACUUGGGCUUCAGGGGGAUGCCAAUGACAGAGGAACAGCGACGUCAGUUCAGCCCUGGCCCACGCACCACAAUGUUCCGUAUCCCAGAGUUCAAAUGGUCAGCCAUGCACCAGAGACUGCUCACUGACCUGCUGUUUGCACUGGAGAGUGACGUCCAUGUCUGGAGGAGCCACUCCACCAAAUCUGUCAUGGAUUUUGUCAACAGUAACGAGAACAUCAUUUUUGUCCACAACACCAUCCACCUUAUCUCACAAAUGGUGGACAACAUUAUCAUUGCUUGUGGAGGGAUCCUGCCCCUUCUCUCAGCGGCCACUUCUCCCUCUAGUAGUAGAAGAGAGAGAAAAACAUCCACAGUGGAUAGUUCUGUGUUAUCCUCUAUUCGUGGUACUUCAGGUUCCUCAUGUAAGACGGAGUUAGACAACAUUGAGGCCACACAGGGCAUGUCCUCUGAGACCGCCAUCACUUUCCUGUCCCGUCUCAUGGUCAUGGUGGACGUGUUAGUGUUUUCCAGCUCGCUCAACUUCAGUGAGAUUGAGGCUGAGAAGAACAUGUCCUCGGGUGGCCUGAUGCGUCAGUGCCUGCGACUCGUGUGUUGUGUUGCUGUUAGGAGCUGUCUGGAGUGCAGGCUAAGACACAGAGAGAGGGGAAAUAAGUCUUCCAUUCCCAACAAUAACAAGACUCAGGAUAUCCUGCUAAAUCCUGUUACUUCCAGCAAGACAGCCAUAGAGACUGUCCCUAGUAACCUGUCUCCCAUCAAGGACCCUGACCGCCUUCUGCAGGAUGUGGACAUCAAUCGACUGCGUGCUGUGGUGUUUCGUGAUGUGGAUGACAGUAAGCAAGCCCAGUUCCUGGCCUUGGCUGUGGUAUACUUCAUCUCUGUGCUCAUGGUAUCCAAGUACCGUGACAUCCUAGAGCCUCAGCGUGAGACUGCCAGAAUAACCAACCAAUCAGGUCGGGGCAUGCGUCCGGAAAUCAACUCACCUACCAGCAAAGAAAUACCCCUAGUAUUUAACAGCGGUAAGGAUCAUCCUGUGCCAUCUGAAAACCUCACCAUGGAGAGUUCCCUGCCCCACACAGACUCUGGUAUUGGAGAGGAGCAGGUAUCCAGCAUCGUCAACGGGUCGGACCUGGAGCACAGCAUUGGAGGACCGGAUGCUGUGAGCGAGCUUAUCUCAACACUGUCCUCUGAAGUCAAGAAGUCUCAGGAGCGUUUGUCUGAAUCCCCCAGCAUUAACCAGCCCAAGAGAGGCAUCAACGUGAAGGAGAUCCUAAAGAGCCUGGUAGCUGCUCCAGUGGAGGGCAUGGAGACUGGGCUGGAGGCUGUACCCUACCCAGACCCUACUGCAAAGGCCCAGGCCCAGGCUAUGCUGCCCAUGCAGUUUCACUCCUUUGACAGGAGUGUGGUUGUUCCUGUGAAGAAAACUUCCCCUGGCAGUCUGGCAGUUCACACAGUGGGCAGCAGCAGUAGCACCUCUGUGGGGCUGACAGCUGGCAGCACCCCUAACAUCUUUGCUGCCUCCUCCUCGACCCCCAAAAGCAUGAUCAAUACAACGGGAGCCACUGAUGCUGCCCCUUCCACCUCCUCUUCUUCCAGUUUUGUCAACGGAGCCACCAGUAAGAAUCUUCCAGCCGUACAGACAGUGGCCCCAAUGCCUGAGGACACAGUAGAAAAUAUGAGUUCCUUUUCUGAAGUGGACCAGCGUCCACAUCGCCAGAGGCAGGCACCUCCUGAGUUAAAACCCUUUAGCCCCAUGACAGGAUUACAGGAAGACCCCAGAGGUGCAGGCCAGUGUCUUAGCAUUACUACAAAGCUGGAGAGAGCCUUGGAGAAGGUGGCACCCCUGCUGAGGGAGACCUUUGUGGACUUUGCACCAUUUCUGUCGCGCACCCUGCUGGGCAGCCACGGACAAGAGCUGCUUAUCGAAGGUACAGGUCUUGUGUGCAUGAAGUCAAGCACCUCAGUGGUGGAGCUUGUUAUGCUGCUUUGUUCUCAGGAAUGGCAGAACUCCAUUCAGAAGAAUGCUGGCCUGGCCUUCAUUGAGCUGAUCAAUGAGGGAAGGUUGCUGUGCCAUGCCAUGAAGGACCACAUAGUUCGAGUUGCCAACGAGGCUGAGUUCAUCCUAAACAGACAGCGAGCAGAGGACGUCCACAAGCAUGCAGACUUUGAGUCCAACUGUGCCCAGUAUGCUGCUGACAGAAAAGAGGAAGAGAAGAUGUGCGAUCACCUCAUCAGUGCUGCUAAACACAGAGAUCAUGUAACGGCUAACCAGCUAAGGCAGAAAAUAGUCAACAUCCUCACCAACAAGCACGGUGCCUGGGGGACACUGGCCCAGAGUCAGCUGCAUGACUUCUGGCGUCUCGACUACUGGGAGGAUGACCUGCGGCGAAGGCGGAGAUUUGUCAGGAAUCCAUAUGGCUCCACCCACUUAGACGUCACAUGCAAGUCCCUGCAUGAAUAUGGCACUGAGGAGGACAGGAGGGUCAAAUCUAAGACGGUCUUCCGUAGUCAAACCGUGGCCAGCCAGAACCCUGAGACAGAGCUGCUGCUGGAGGGAGACGAUGAUGCCGUCAGCCUGCUGCAGGAGAAAGAGAUGGACAACCUGGGUGGCCCGGUGGUCCUAAGCAGCCCGGCCCAGCUUGUGGCUCCGGUCCUAGUGGCACGCGGGACUCUGUCCAUCACCACCACAGAGAUCUACUUCGAGGUGGACGAGGAUGACCCUGCCUUCAAGAGGGUCGACCCAAAGGUCUUGGCGUACACUGAGGGUCUACAUGGGAAGUGGAUGUUCAGUGAGAUUCGGGCGGUAUUCACCAGGCGCCACCUCCUGCAGAACACAGCGAUGGAAGUCUUUAUGGCCAACAGAACAUCAGUCAUGUUCAACUUCCCUGACCAGGCCACAGUUAAGAAAGUGGUCUACAGUCUUCCUCGGGUGGGAGUGGGCACCAGCUAUGGUCUUCCACAAGCCAGGCGCAUCUCCAUGGCCACUCCUCGGCAGCUUUUCAAGUCAUCCAACAUGACCCAGCGCUGGCAGAGGAGAGAAAUAUCCAACUUUGAAUACCUCAUGUUCCUCAACACUAUAGCAGGGAGGACAUACAAUGACCUGAACCAGUACCCGGUCUUUCCCUGGGUUCUCACCAACUACGACACAGAGGAGCUGGACCUGACCUUGCCAGCAAACUUCAGAGAUCUCUCAAAGCCCAUUGGUGCUCUAAAUCCAAAGCGUGCAGCUUUCUACGCUGAUCACUAUGAGAACUGGGAAGACGACCAGACACCACCAUGUCAUUACAACUCUCACUACUCCACAGCGGCCUCCUCUCUGCACUGGCUUGUCAGAAUAGAGCCAUUCACCACGUUCUUCCUUGCUUCCAAUAACAACAAAUUCGACCAUCCUGACCGCACCUUUUCAAGCAUUGCCCGCUCAUGGAGGAACUGUCAGAGGGAUACAUCUGAAGUCAAGGAACUGAUUCCUGAGUUCUACUACCUCCCAGAGAUGUUUGUCAACAGCAAUGGGUAUCAUCUGGGGAUGAGGGAGGACAGGACCAUGGUCUGUGAUGUGGACCUGCCAGCCUGGGCCAAAACACCUGAAGACCUUGUUAGGAUAAACAGGAUGGCCCUGGAAAGCGAGUUUGUGUCAUGUCAGCUGCAUCAGUGGAUUGACCUUAUUUUCGGCUACAAGCAGCGGGGCCCGGAGGCAGUGCGUGCCCUCAACGUCUUUCACUACCUGACUUACGAGGGCUCCGCCAAGCUGGACAGUAUCACUGACCCUGCGCUCAGAGAGGCCACAGAAGCACAGAUCCAGAGCUUUGGACAGACGCCAUCUCAGUUGCUUAUUGAGCCACAUCCUCCACGCAGCUCCGCCAUGCACCUGUGUUUCCUUCCACAGAGUCCCCUCAUGUUCAAGGACCAGAUGCAGCAAGAUGUCAUCAUGGUGUUGAAGUUUCCGUCCAAUUCGCCUGUAACCCAUGUGGCUGCCAACACACUGCCCCAUCUUACCAUGCCAGCUGUGGUCACUGUCACCUGCAGCCGCCUAUUUGCUGUCAACCGCUGGCACAACACCGUUGGUCUCAGAGGAGCACCUGGCUAUUCACUGGAGCAAGCCCAUCACCUCCCUAUAGAGAUGGAUUCUCUGGUUGCCAACAGUACUGGAAGCAACAAGCGUCAGAUCACAGACCUAGUGGACCAGAGCAUCCAAAUCACCACACAGUGUUUCGUGGUGACAGCUGACAACCGCUACAUACUGGUGUGUGGCUUCUGGGACAAGAGCUUUCGUGUGUACUCCUCCGAGACAGGCAAGCUGACCCAGAUAGUUUUUGGCCACUGGGAUGUGGUGACAUGUCUGGCCAGAUCAGAGUCUUACAUUGGAGGAGACUGCUACAUCGUCUCAGGGUCCAGGGAUGCAACACUGCUGCUUUGGUAUUGGAGUGGACGGCACCAUAUUAUUGGCGACAAUCCAAAUAACAGUGACUACCCUGCUCCUCGAGCAGUUCUGACGGGUCAUGACCAGGAAGUUGUGUGUGUGUCCGUCUGUGCGGAGUUGGGCCUGGUCAUCAGCGGAGCCAAAGAGGGUCCAUGUCUGGUCCACACCAUCACAGGAGACCUGCUGCGAGCUCUGGAAGGACCGGACCACUUUCAGCACCCACGGCUAAUCACAGUGUCCAGUGAGGGUCAUUGCAUCAUCUACUAUGAGAGGGGCCGCUUCUGCAACUUUAGCAUUAAUGGAAAACUGCUGGCACAGAUGGAGAUCAACGACUCCACCAGGGCUAUUCUCCUGAGCAGUGAUGGACACAACUUGGUCACAGGUGGGAAUAACGGUGUGGUGGAGGUGUGGCAAGCCUGCGACUUCAAAAAGCUCUACAUCUACCCUGGUUGUGACGCUGGUGUCAGAGCCAUGGACUUGUCACAUGAUCAAAGGACUUUAAUCACUGGCAUGGUGUCUGGCAGUAUUGUGGCUUUUAACAUCGACUUUAACCGGUGGCACUACGAGCAUCAAAACAGGUACUAGAGAGAGAAGAGUCACAGUGUGCCAUGCAAAAGGAAACUACAGCAGCAGAAGAUCGUCACAGAGCAUGAUAGAGAUGAAUUGGGCCGAAGGCAGCAUUCGGAUGCUAACAAAGAAAGUGUGCCAAUGUGUUCAUCUGGAGAACUUGCUGAACAAUCUGGAUACUUUUUCUGUCAGUUGUCAUGUCUUACCUUAACACCAGCUGAUGCAAGAAGAGACUGAGAUCAACUUAAGUUACUGAAAUAAAACUUAGUGUGUCAAAGUUCCUGUUUCAAACUGUGAAAAGUCAAAUCAAAAUGAUUCUGGAUGAUGAAAAUUUCUACAUUUGUAUGGCAGACACAUAUCUCACUUGAAACACUUUUCUAGGAAAAAAGUAAUUGUAAAUAUUAAGAGUGUAAAGUAAAUCUUCAUGUAAAGGCUCAGAAAUGUUUGAAACGCUUUUAGAUUAGCCACCAUGUUAGCAGUAUUUUCAUUCUGAAAGCCAUGUAUAAAUGUUGGAAACAUCUUUGUUGCACUUCAUGUAUUAGUUGGUUAGCAAUACAUUUGUGGCCGUUAAGUUCUCAUUGUUAUGAAUAGUAGUCAAAUGUAUUUAUGUGUGAAAAGACAAAAUGUUUGUUACUUUGUUGUGUUUGUCUUGAUGGAAGAAAUGUCUAAUUCAGUGUGAGAUUAGUCCUUUAUGAAAUCUUUAUUCUUAAUCAUGAUGUCAACAAAAGGAUAGUUGUAUUUCCAUAUUAUUUAAUGCAGGACUAUUUUGUUGAAUAAUUUGUAAAGAAUUAAAAAAUCUCACUGUGAUAUCUUUAAACUGUUCAAAUGGGACAUUUUGGACCAGUGAUCCUUAUUUUUUAGUUUCUUCCAAAAAUGUAUCCAGAGGCACAAAUACCAGAUUUGUUGGAGAGCAUUUCUUUUGAGAUGUUUGUGAUGAAGCUGAAGGACAUUUUGUGAGACAAAAUGAUUUUUUACAACU